AUGGAGCCCGCCAACAAGCCCCUCGUUAUGAUCACUGAGGCACCCGAGACUCCGAUCCCCUCCUCUGCUGUUGUAAUCGCGACGAAACUUCAAGUUACGGCAGACGACAUUUAUGCAAUAUUUCAGGACUUCGACGUCCUUAACAUACGAGAGAUGGAGAAACUUGUUAUCCACAAGGGAGAGUUCUUUCGGAUGCUUGUAGAACUUCCCUCAGACCACGAUGCGGAGAAGGCCACAGCCAUAUACCACCUGCGCUUGAUAGAACGGCUCUCUGUCCCACCAUCCGCUUCUGACAAGAGGGUCCAGAUGAUCCUCUAUCGGACUGACGACAGCCAGCAACUGCGACAAGCCAACAUCGGAACGGUGCAGAAGCAAUUCUUCCCUCCUACGGAGAAUGAAGACGAUUCUGACUCAGCACUAUACGACCUCGUAGUGUCGCAGAUCGGAAAUGUGUCGCUCAUUUACUUUCAUCGCUCGCUCAAGUCUGUUGUCAUUCAUUUUACGGACGAAGAGUAUCGGCAAGUGCCUACCUUGCAUCCAAUUCCUGGGAAAGCUCAGACUCUGUUUCUCGGCGUUGUCAGUCCAUUGCGCCUCCCAGCGCCUCUCGCGUCUCUGGAGCCUGAACAAUGCGAAUCAUCUGAAGAACCCUUCCCAACAGUCCAUCGUCUUGUCUUAUCAAACCUGUCAAACUCCUACCUUUCUGUUCGGGAGCACGCUGUCGCGAGAUGCAGGUCAGUCGCGAACUCCGUCAACUCUAUAGGCUGGGUUUCUUUGUUCUUUGUGAUCUUCUUGGCCGUUUGGAUAACAAUCCUUCGCAAUAGUGAACCCUCGAACGAGAUCGCAGGCUCUGGGCUGCCUUCCAUUCGCGAGGAAUGUGGCGAGCUCGCUCAGCUAUCCCUGGGUGACAAGUCCGUUCGUGCAGCCGACGAAAUUGACGGCCAUCGAUACGCUCGACCCAACAAGCACUUCAAGGCAACGCGUGCGCGAGUGAAGGAGCUCGAGAGAGAACUGGCCACUGUGCAGGAGAACUCCAAGCGCCAGGAACACCAGCAGUCACUAGCUCAACAACGCCUCCAACUGGAAGUAGAGGCCUUCCAGCAGAGCAAGGUCGACAUGCAGCGUCACAUCGAUGACUCGGAAAAGGAGCACCAAGCCAGCUUAGAGGACCUCAGAAGGCGUUUGGCCAAAGAAUCGAAGGAACAUCAGCAGCUACUCCAGAUUCACCAGCGCACCGUUGGGGACCUUUCAGAUGUCUUGGCCAAGGUGGACAGCUUGCAGUCGGAAGCCAAGGAACGCGAAGCUGUCCUGUUUAGCGAGCGUGUCGCGGCGGCGGAGACCAUGAAGCGCCUUGACGAGGCCCUGGAGAGUGCCCAGACACUGGAGGCAGAGAAACUCGAAUGGUUGACCCAGCGGCAAGCCCUCGAGGAGAGCGUAGUGCACCUGGAGGAAGCCCUCCAGCUGAUGAAGGAUGACAUGACCUUUCUUGAGUCAGAGCUGGCGUUUGAGCGCUGGAAUUGCGCGGAAGACGCAGAGCGCGUCGCUGACGCGCUCCUCCAGAACGAGGCUCUGGAGGCAGACUUGGAAGAGAGCGAGGCGGAGCUGGACUCUGAGCGGCAAGCUAAUACGGAGACUUUAAAAAGCCUGCUCGAUGCAGUCGACGAGAUUAAGUUCCUGGAGGAACGCGUGCAGAAGCGCGAUGCUCAACUCGAGUCUGAGCGACAGACGCUUCAGGCAAUCGAGCAGCGUCUGCGGGACUCGGUUCGCAGCAAGAAGGAAAGUGAAGCUGGCACCACGCGGAUGAUCGGCUGA